AAAAAAAAAAAAAAACAUGGCGUAGACGACGCCAACCGCGCUCUUUAACUAAACCGCCGCCCGCGGUCGUCGUCGUCGUCGUCUCGCAUUUUCUCGCCGAAACUGUGGGCGCUCGAAGAGGCGAUGCUCGGGAGCAGGGUGGGAGCUCUCCUUCGUCGGAGCACCAAAACCCUAACCCUAAUCUCUCGAGAUCUGAGAGGCUCUCCUAGGGUUUACUCCCAUGAGCACCCCCUACUCUCUAACCCUUCGCGAUUCGCCGUCUCGGAACCCUGCGGGAGAUGCUUCCUCUCCAGAUACAGCUCCUUCUCCGCGUUCAGAUCCCUACCGAAGAGCUUAUCUGGUCAAUCUUCAAGGAAAAUGUCCACUUCAGCGACGCUUCUGAAUAAAACCAGGACAGAUGUAACAAAUGCAGGAUUGAAAUUACUCGUUACGAAGGGACCCCAUGCACAAAAGGUAGUCGGGAUAUGGCUUUUUGGUUGUGCUGCUUGGGUUUUCAGUUUGGUGGUUCUUGGUGGAGUCACGCGCCUCACUCGUUCUGGUCUAUCGAUGACCGACUGGAAAUUCACUGGUGCUCUGCCUCCAUUGUCAGAGGAUCAGUGGCGUCUUGAAUUUGAGAAGUAUCAGCAAUCGCCCGAAUACAAGCGGGUGAAUAGAGGAAUGAAUAUGGAAGAUUUUAAGUUCAUUUAUUGGAUGGAAUAUGCACAUCGGAUGUGGGGAAGGGCGUUAGGUGUUGUGUUUGCUGUCCCAUUUGCAUAUUUUCUCGCAAAAGGGUACAUUACCCGCCAACUUGGAGUUAGACUGUCAGCUCUUUUUGCUCUUGGUGCUGGGCAAGGACUUAUCGGCUGGUGGAUGGUAAAAAGUGGUCUGGAGGAACCGGCUUCUGAGUAUGUUCAACCUAGGGUUAGCCCAUACCGUCUGGCAACUCAUCUCGCCUGCGCAUUUGGUAUAUAUUGUGGCAUCUUGCGGACUGCUCUGUCGGUAGUCAUGCCUGACCCUCCAACUGGAUCGAUGAAUUGGGUAAAUGGGGCAGCAAAAAUCCGAAAACUGGUUCUUCCUGUAAGUGUCCUUGUGGGCAUUACUGCUGCAUCAGGGGCUUUUGUUGCAGGAAAUGAUGCGGGUCAUGCAUACAACACAUUUCCUAAGAUGGGUGAUUCCUGGAUCCCUGAUGACAUAUUUGAUAUGGAGCCACUCAUUCGCAAUUUUUUUGAGAACACGUCCACAGUACAGCUCCAUCAUCGCAUUCUUGCAACAAGCACGUUGGUGUCAGUUGGUGCUUUGUGGUUGGCUGCAAGGAAAAUAGAGAUGCAUCCUGCAAUCCAGUCAUUGAUUGGGAGUACAUUGGGAAUGGCCGCACUUCAGGUGACACUGGGGAUAUCGACACUGCUGACGUAUGUCCCAGUCUCUUUAGCCUCAGCUCAUCAAGCCGGAGCAUUAACUCUGUUAACCCUAAUGGUCCUUCUUGUUCACACUGUGAGGAAGCCGUCGCCAUCCCUUCUCAAGUCGUUAGCUUCAGUGCCAAAAUCUAAGGGCUGACUUACAAAUUCCAUAAUACGUCAUAAUCUUCAUCACUACUGGAAGAUAAAAAAAACUGGCAGCUUUUCAUCUUUCAGUAGAAAAUUAUCGCCCAAAGGUGGUAGUAUAUUGUCUUUACUUCUUUAUAGUCCCUUAAUUAAGCAUGGGACUUCUUGCUGAGUAAAAUUCUUCAUUCGCCUGUCGCUGUUGCUGUGCUCUUCAAGCCCUCUGUGUUAUUGAUCAGGCCUCUGUAAGUGUACCUGUAUUACAUCUUUGGUUGUCUGACGAGGAGUCUAAGAAUGACUAAAAAAAUUUUGCACUUUCAUGUACUA